UCGCCGUGCGUGCUGCUUGGUUCUUGACUUGUUCUUGGCUCAAAAUUCGCUCGCUCGCUCCAAAUAUUUAUGCUCUUGUCGAUGUCGGUGGUGGCCCGGAAGCUGAAUACCUAUGAGGUUGUGACCUUUGAAUGAACAAACUCACGUAAGCAGUGCUAUCGGAUGACAGAACAAGGUGCAGGCGUUCAGGUUAACUCGGAGGUCACACUCGCUACAUACCAACAUGUCGUCGCAGCUGCGGGAGGUGCUCCUGGUUGGCCUAGGAGCAGUAGGAGCGAUCUACUCCCUGAUUCUCAAGCGAAGUGGCCAGGCGCGUGUAACGGCCGUUGCGCGAAGCAAUUACCAGUCGGUCAAAGACGAGGGGCUGCACUUCCUAAGCCGCAAGUACGGCGAGCAUCGAGGGUGGCGGCCUGACCGACUCUGCCGCUCUGUCGCUGAGGCUGCUGAUCACCCCUAUGCCUACGUCGUAGUGACGGCCAAGGCCAUUCCGGAGCUGAUUCGGACACCAGCUCUCCUCGCGCCCCUCCUUUCACCGCCGUAUUCGGACAAGCACCCUCAGCCGACGUACGUUCUGAUGCAGAAUGGGCUCAACGUGGAGGUCGACUUGUACGAGGCGUUGAAGAAGCUCAAGCCGAACGAGGAGCCGAGGAUCAUCAGCACGGCCGUCUGGAUCGGCACGGGGAUGAAGGGCAGCAACGUCGUGGAGCACAACGACUUCGACCGCGUCUCGCUAGGCGUCUACCGUCCAUCGUCGACCACGACGAAGAACACGCCCGAAGAGACCGCGCUCCUCCGCGACUUCGAGCGCAUCCUCGCCGCGGGCGGCAGCCAAACCACGAUCGUCCCCGAGAUCCAGCGCGUCAAGUACAGCAAGAACUUCUGGAACGCCUGCCUCGGCAUCACCGCCGCCCUCACCCGCUUCCCACUCACCGCCAUCUUCCGCCCGCCGCACCUCGAGCCCGGUGCAGCACCCCAAGGCUCUGACUCCCCCGCGCUGCCGCUGCCUCCCGGUGAGAUCCCGAGCGCCUCGAGCGCCAUCGCCGAGUACAGCAUCCCGACUAUCCGCGCGGCGAUGCAGGAGGUGUACACGCUCGGGACGGUGCUCUUCCCCGACAGCGAGGAUGGCCCGGGGCUCGAUCCGGAGGUAGUGGAGAACACCUUGCGCAACACCGCGAGGUUGCAUGCGAACCCGAACGCGACUCACCGUGCGAGUACGCUGGUGGACGUUGAGAGCGGGCGCCCGACGGAGGUGGAGGUGAUCCUCGGUGAGCUCGUGCGCAUGGGCCGGGCGAGGGGUGUACCAAUGCCUCGUAUUGAAACGCUGUAUGCGCUUCUUCUGAUCGUGCAAAACCAGUUGUUGCGACAGUCCACCGAGAAGAAGCCAUCGUUGUGAAGUCAUCCUCCGCAGUGUGUUGUUUUACCAGACUUCAUUCUUCCAUCGAAAUGUAGAUACAAGCCGCUGUACAUGAGACACAUUCCUAUCUGAACAAUCAGAGAGCAACUGCUCCCAGGGUGCAACAUACAGCCAAACAUGCAAUCGUCGGACACAUGCCACCGACCCGAACCCUCGCUAGUCAUGCCAGAGUCAUGCAUCGCGAACGUGCCGUAACGUGAACGCGAGUCACGGCAACGGCGCUGCAAAUCCCCCCUGCUCACCUGCCCCGUGCCCAAUGUUCAGCAUCGACAUGCAGCGAUAAAGUUCGCGCGCUUCGAAUUUCUUCUCUGCUACUCGCGUUGUGUAUUGGCCUCGAUUCCUUGAUUGUGCGCAUAAGCUGACCCUUG